AUGACAAUAGCCUCAGGAACAACUGCCUCACGUCAGCCUUACCACUACGUGAUGAGGGACACAGAGCAGAAGGGGCUGUGCCUGAUUGAUGGGCAGUUGGUGGCCACCAGCCUGCAGGGUGCCAACGCUGCCCAGGAAGAGCCCAUCAGUGUGGUGCCCAACCGGCACCUGGAGCGCCAGCGCUGUCCCCUCAUCGUGGGCAUCCGUGGGGGCUCUCGGGCACUGUCCUGCGGCACCGGCCCCGAGCCCAGGCUGCAGCUGGAGGACGUGGAGCUGCUGGACCUGUUCUCCCGUGGUAGAGAUGAGGCCACUCCCUACACCUUCUACAAGACUUUUGGGGGCACCACACACACCUUCGAGGCCGCGGCGUUCCCAGGGAUGUUCCUCAGCACAGCCCCAGGCUCGGGGCAGGCACUGGCCCUGGCCCCUUCUGCUGGGGCCACUGCCUUCUACCUGCUCCGCAAGUGA